UGAAGAUCAAGAAAAACAGAGUUGAGAGUUUGAUUAAGGGAACAUAGGACACCACCACUUGCACCUGCACCUGCACCUGCACCUGCACCGCCUGUACCCGGACCUGCCCUGGGCAGCCUGGGCAGCAUGAAUUCCAGUACCUUAGGUACCUACCGUACCUAACCUAACCUUUAGGUACCUUAGGUAAAUGCAUUAUAUCGUACCUUAGUACCACUUUCCCGCAUUCCCUGCGAUCACGUAGUGUACAUAUGGACCCAUCGAAAAAAAGGUAAUCUGGCGAAUGGAGCAAUCCAUUACACCAACAGCCGCGCGUCUACACCUAGCGUAGCAGCCUAGCUAAAACGUAACUUUAGGGCGUGACAAUUGAUUGGUCAAGUUGCGAUAACCUUCCCCACAUUUAGACCCCUGUUUUUUUUACUUGGUAUCAACUUCAACUUUUUUUUUUUUUCAAAGCGCUUAGCUUGGAUGUCGAUUAAUGCGUCUUCCUAGAAGAAAAAAAAAGAUAUCAAAUACAUUUGAGGUCACAGAAGGGUUGCGUACGCAUUAAAUAUUAAGAUGCCGACAUCCGUAGCGGAUAUAGCCGCUGCAUCUGCGUCUGAAUCAGACGAUCAAAUAUCAAAUUCGUCGUCGCCACGACUCCAGACCUUGUCCGAUGGGGAUGUGUCGGGAUCGGAAGCAGAAUCAGACUCACUCGACAGUGCGGCUUCUCGUAAGAGACGCAGGAUAUCCGCCGAGUUAACUCCUGCUACCGCUGAACUAGGUACAUCAUCCAUAAAUGUGCCUUCAAGGAUCAAGCGGAAGAGCGCCGGUACUGGGCAGGCCAAACCAUCAUCAGAAAACCCAGUGUUAACAGCUGUUCCUAUCAACACCUCCAUUUCCGCUCCAGUGGACCGUCACACAACUUUCGAAUCGCUAAAUCUAAAGCCAUGGCUUGUUCGGUCCCUUGCCAACAUGGCAAUCAAACGACCUACAGGUAUUCAGAAGGCUUGCAUUCCUGAAAUCCUCAAGGGUAGAGAUUGUAUCGGAACGAGUAGGACAGGUUCAGGAAAGACAGUGGCCUUUGCUGCACCAAUCUUGCAGAAGUGGUCUGAGGAUCCAAGCUCUAUCUACGCAGUAGUGUUAACGGCUACUCGUGAGUUAGCUCUACAGAUAUACGAGCAAUUCAAGGCGAUAUCCUCGCCGCAGUCUCUCAAGAUAAUACUAAUCACCGGAGGAUCUGAUAUGCGGCCACAAGCAAUUGCUCUCGCCCAGAGACCUCAUGUGGUAAUCGCCACCCCCGGUCGAUUAGCUGAUCACAUUAACUCUUCUGGUGAAGAUACUAUAGCCGGCUUACGGAGGGUCAAAUUCGUGGUGCUUGAUGAGGCGGAUCGAUUGCUCGCAGCGGGUGGUCCGGGGAGCAUGUUACCUGAUAUUGAAGAAUGUCUGGGAGUCCUCCCGCCCUCAAGUGAGAGGCAGACGCUUCUGUUUACCGCUACCAUCACCCCAGAGGUGCGAGCAUUGAAAGAUAUGCCACCAAAACCUGGAAAAGAGCCAGCUUUUGUAUGUGAAGUUGACACACAGAAACUUGCCGUCCCAACCACUCUACAUCAAAUGUACAUCCAGGUAAACGUUACGCACAAGGAGUACUAUCUUCAUGCUUUUCUCCUGACGGAAGCCAACAUCGAGAAGUCACUUAUCAUCUUCUGCAACCGCACCUCGACGGCGGAAUAUCUACACCAUCUAUUACGACUAUUAGACCACCGUGUCACGUCUCUUCACUCUAGAUUACAGCAACGCCAACGUGUGGAUAAUUUGGGACGAUUCCGAGCUUCGGCGGCGCGGAUUCUUGUUGCCACAGAUGUAGCCUCGAGAGGUCUGGAUAUUCCGGAGGUCAGCCUCGUAGUGAAUUACGACGUCCCUCAAAACCCCGACGACUAUAUUCAUCGUGUUGGACGUACCGCCCGAGCAGGGAGGAAAGGUGACGCCGUCACUUUUAUCGGGCAGAGAGACGUGGAGCGCGUCCAUGCCAUAGAGACCCGUGUUGGUCGAGAACUAGAAAAAUGGGAGGAAGAAGGCGUCAACUUGGAGAGCAGAUUUAUCCGCGAUUAUAUGAAGGAAGUAGGAGAGAAGAAACGCGAGGCUCUACUCAAUAUCGAAGAGCAUAGGGAAGUAGGCGGAAAGAGAAAGCGCAAGAAGUUACGGCUGGAAUAGGUAGCUGUCACGCUUGGAUUAUUAAAAGAGGGAAGAGUUAGCCAAUUAAUUAUAGGAAGCUAGAUAGCGGAACGGGCAAAUGAUUCGACAUUUCAA